AUGUCCCUCAACACAGCCCAAAAGCCCGUAAUAGCAGUCGUAGGAGCCGGUCCCGGAAUCGGCGAAGCAGUAGCCCGUCGAUUCGCAACCGAAGGCUUCGCCACAGCUCUCCUCGCUCGUACAGAAGAUAAACUCCAAACGAUGGCCCAAGGAAUCAACAAAGACUUUGGACAAGGAACAGCACAGUACUACAUCACAGACCUGCGAGUGGAAGAAUCCGUCAUUGCAAGUUUCGAGAAGAUUUCCRAGGAGCUCGGUCCAGUGCAAGUUCUUGUGUAUAAUGCUGGGGCUCGACGUGUUAAUGGGAGAAAGAUUCUCGAUACUUCUUCAGAGGAAUUUGAGAACUUUACGAAAAUUAACCUCCACGGAGCGUUUUGGUCGACGAAAUGUGUUCUACCUGGCAUGUUAGCCGCACAAAAAGGAACAAUCCUAUUCACAGGUGCGACUGGUGCUCUUCGAGGUCCACCCGGUCUUUCAAGUUUUUCCCCAGGAAAGUUUGGAUUGAGGAGUCUGUGUCAGAUUAUCGCUCGAGAGUAUCAGCCGGAGGGGAUUCAUGCUGCAUUCAUCGUUGUGGAUAGUCCCGUGGAUGGGAAACUUAUUGGAGGUGUGAGUCGUAGGAAAUGGGAGCGUGAGAGUGCAAAGGAGAAGUUGGAGGAUUUGGAUGCGUAUCUUAUGCAGCCGGAGGAUUUGGCGCAGACGUAUUGGUUCUUGCACACGCAACCGCGUAGUGCGUGGACUCAUGAGAUUGAUGUUCGGCCGCAGAAGGAGGGCAUGUAUAGUAGGUUAUAG